AUGGAGGACGCUUGGACGCUUCGUAGGUGCGAUGAAGAGAUCGAUCUGAGCGCGUUCGCGAGCGAAGAUGCGUUGGAUUGCGCGUUUGGGAUCGAACUCACGCCAACGCCGGCGCCGAUGAAGCGAGCGCAUGGGGGGAGCUCGGGGGGACGGGCGUCGAAGCGGCGGACGAACGGGCGAACGCAAGUGGCGUUGCCGUUCUCUCCGCGAGAAGACGACCUUUCAACAUGGGAAGAAGACGAUUAUCCGAUGAUAAUGUCGCCUGAGACGAAGGCCAAGCUCAAGGGACAGUGGUCGACGGAAGAAGACCAGAAGCUGGUCGGUCUCGUCGAGAAGUACGGCGUGCGGCGGUGGUCGUACAUCGCGAGAGCGCUCUCGGGUCGCGUCGGAAAGCAAUGCCGCGAGAGAUGGAACAAUCACCUCGCUCCGGACAUCAAACGCGGCACGUGGACUUUGGACGAGGAGGAGAAGUUCAUCGAAGCGCAUCUCGAGCUUGGGAACAAGUGGUCGUACAUCGCGAAGCGCCUUCCAGGCCGUACUGAGAACAGCGUGAAGAACCACUGGAACGCGACGAGGCGAAGAAAAGACGGACAAAUGACGACUUUUCGUGCCUACGUCUUGGAGGCGUUCGAAAAGCGAGCACACGAGGAUUGUUCGACGCCUCGAUCGAAGAGUCAGUCAACGACGAGCGACUCUCUCGAGUGCUCCAUGCGAGCGUCGCACAAGCCUUCCAGUCCAAGUCCGAGUUACUCCGCUAUGAAGGAUGAAGUCACGAAACUGCUCAAGUUUGAGACCAAUUCUGAUGUGUCCACGCGUGACAUUCUGGUACCGGACGGCGUUCCGGCGGUGAACAUGCGCCAU